AUGUCUCGGAAGUAUCUUCAAAUUAAGGAAGUUAAUGUCGACACUGAAUGUUGGACAGUGAUUAUUCAAGUUGUAGAAAAAAGCCACGUUCAGAUUGGUCGUUAUGGAAAAAGAGUGCCUUACCAAAAAUAUGUUUUCAUGGAUUCACAGGGAACAAUUGUAUCUGCAACUGUGUUUGGAUCUGCUCACAUUCAGUUCUCGGAUGAACACAUCAUGCAAUACAAAAGAUACUAUGUUUCUGGGGCAAAUGUGCAGUCAGCAAAUCCUCUGUAUCAAAUCAGUGACUAUGCUUUCACCUGGACAACACAAAAAGGCACACUGGUUGAAGAAUAUCCUGAAAAAUUACCGCCACAACUCCCAUGCAAACAUGCAGGAAUAUCAUGGGUGUUGUUGUUCAUGUAUUGCGGCGAAAAGAUGUUUCCUCAAAAUGAAUUUGCAAAAGAAAAAGGUGAACAAUUAGCAAGCACAUUGCCUACUGGUAACAUUAUUGUUGCAAUGAGGGUGAAGGUAACAACUUUUAAUCUGCUAUCAGUGAGAACAACUCACAUAAACACAAUGAUGAUAAAUCCUCCCAUGGCCGAAGUUAUUACUCUCAAGCAAUGGUACAUUGACCACAAAGAAGAAGUCAAUCAUCAGUUGGAACUGAAGGUCUAUAAAAACCCUGAGUUUCUCUUGCCGCCACCAAAUGAAUCAGAAAUUAUCUCUGUCCACUCAGCCUUAAAAAAUUUGCAAACUACAUCUUACUGGUUCACAGCUUGCCAUAAUUACAAAAAAGGUCUGCGUGCCCAAGUCGGAUGGAUAGUGAUAUGCCCUCAAUGCAAAGCAGAAGGACCAGUGGAACCUAGGUGUAGAUUUACACUAGGCAUUGAAGAUAACAUUGGGCUAAUACAAGCUGUUAUUAGUGGUCCAGAGGCUGAACAAUUGCUUCUAAUGACCACAGCCCAAAUCUGCUUGAACAAAAACCAGCUUGAAAAUGCCAUGGGGGUAGAAGCGAAUUUUGAAAAAAAGCAAAUCACCUGUUUCGUAAGACACUACAUCUCCGACUAUCAAGACAAAAACGAAUCAAGUUUUGUUGUUGUGGUUGUCUAUGUGAAUGAGGAUAAUGUUGAAGAUAUACUGCCUGUGGAUGAAACAAACACUUCUGUUCACCCACAUAGGCUCGACAAACAUGUCGCCAUAGAGGAGCAACUCACACAAACUGCACACACAGUUCUGGCCUCUAUACUUGAUACACCAUCACCGAUUGCACCUGAGAAACAAAACAGAAAAGGAGCAAAAAGAUCUAUCGACUUUGAUCUCCAACCAAGUGGAACAACUAAUACAGAAGAAAUUGAAGGUGAUGAUCCUGUACAUGGAUCAACAAGUGGACGUUCCACUAAACGGCAGAAAAAACAUGCAUGA